CAUACGCGCGUAAACAGACAUGACGUCAGACGUGUUGUGACGUUGGAAAGACGCACACAACAUAAAGUUCCAUUUUAUUUUAUUUUUUGCUGCAUAACGUUAUGAAAUUAUCAUUAAGUAAAAUAAUUUGAAUCAAGAAAUAUACUAUAAAGAACAAAGUGCGACUACAAUUUUCAUCCUAUUUUAAGCAAAUAAUUUAAAAUUCAUACACAAUGUAUGAGGGAGCGGAGCUAUAUCUCUCAUAUUUUCACAGUGUGAGUGAUGAGAUACAAAAAUAUUUAACUGAUAAAAUACGAUAGUUCUAAUAUUCGUGUCAUUUCUUAGGCAAAAUAUGUUUAUUAACUUUAUAUAUACGCUAAAAUAACCCUUAUCCUAUAUAUUAAAAUCAAACUUUAGAUUACCUUCAGUGAACAAUCACUUACUGAACGCAAGUGUGUAUUGGAAUAUACUAUAUUUUUCACAAUAGUUAUCUUGUUAUCAUAUGCAGAAAUAUUCAGGCACCUAAAGAAAACGAAAUGUAUGAUAAUCGCUUCUUCGGUGAGGUAAAGAAAUGUAAGACUGAGAAAAUGUGACAGGAAAUGUGACUGUGCAAAAAAUAUCUUAGGGAUAAUGCACGUUUUUUUUUGUGCGUUAAUGUCUGCAGAAGCCCGCGGGAAUAUAGGUCGAUGUCACAAACAUAUCCCAAGAGCUUCUGCGGACGUCAAUACACUGGAACAAACGUGUGUUGUCGCUAGGUUUGUAUAAAGAACAUGACAUGACGACUGAGUUUAUUGUUUUCAUUUUUGAUGAUUUUACGAUACCGGUACAAGUUUUAAUCAAAAAUUCAAAAAUACUUUGUUUAUGCUAGAGUCCAGUGCUUAUCAUAUAAGCUUUUUUCCCCUUUCCAUUUUACAUAAAAUGAUGCUGUUUACUUUUUCUUUUGUUUGUUUUUCUCUCUCUCUUUUAUAUGUAAUUAUAUGAGAGCGUCUGUAGAGUAAUAAAUGGUAAGCUUUUUAUACAUAGAUACACUUUUUUAAUUUUGAUAAAUGAUAUUUAAUUUUGAAUGUUGUUCUACAUACACAGUUAAUGUAUGUAUUUAGUAAAGUUAAAUACAACUGAUGAACAUGUUCUACCUUGAAGUAAAUUCCUAAAGAUGAAAUACUUUAGUGAAACAUUGGUUUGGGAAUUGGACACUGGAUAUUUUUAUGUAUUUUAGAUUGCAGUCGCUGUACAUGCGAUUACAGGUGUGUCAAAAACGGUACAUGCUGUCCCGGGUCAUAUCACGGCUACAUGUAUAACGCAUGCGUGAACACUAUGCUUUAUCCCAAGGACGAAAAACUUUUAUACUACAUGGUUGCUAAAUGCAGCGAUAUGUAUAAUGGGAACCAAACAAUAAGUGAACUGUGUAAGACAGAGACCGACCCAUGUACUUCCGUAGAAUCUAAAUUAAUCUACAAGAAUCAACAUUGUGCGCUGUGCAAUGAAGAAAUCAAUUGUAUUCCUUGGGAAAUUAAACUUGUAUGCUUGAAUUUCAAGGACUUUGAACGCAGCAUGUCUUCAUUUACAUCUAUUGCACAGAUGCAGAAGGCUCUGGACAUCUUCGACUGUAAGAUUCAGUUAACUCGAGUUGAACAAUCUGUUGAAGCGCUCGUGUGCACAAGAAAAGACUAUCUGCACGAUGAUCUCGUGAGCAUAUGCAACAUUACAGGAUUAUGGGUGUCAUAUAACGAGGACAUCAGUUGGGCUUGUGAGAACUUUGGUAAUCCUUAUAAGGGUUUUAGAAAUGUGUUCUGUUAUAUAUGUAACCCUAGUCGCGCAAAUGAGCAAAAUGUAGCAUUGACUGAGGAUUGCUUGUUACCUGAAGACAACAAUGAAUUGUCUAUUUUACAUAAUGCAUGUAAAACAUUUCCAACAUCUAAUCGUCUCGCACCUUUUAAAAAUAUUUACUGUUAUUCUGCCUGCAAUAAAGAACAAAGUAUAGAAACAGAUACAACAGAGAACAGGAGGCUCCUGAACAUUUCAGAAAGUAAUGAUGACACCUUAAGAUCAGAAUUAAACAUAUCAAUAAUGUAUUCUGGAGAAAAUAAAUUUAUAGAAAUGAAAAGAUUCGUGAAUGAACUGUUACCAGGUUUAUCAGCAGAUUUGAAGCUAUAUAUUCCGUCGUUACAAACAGGGAAAGUUGAUGCUUACUCAUCAUAUAUUUCUUAUUUAGUCAAUGAAUACAGUAGUGUAUGCGGGAUGGAAACGGUCUGCAACUCGAGCAAAAAUGAAGAUACACCAAUUUAUGGCAAUCCGGUAUGCGGUGAAUGCACGUGCAAUGCUGAAUGCGCUGAAUCCGAAAACUGUUGUCCGGAUAUCCUUCUCAAUCAGCAACCAUAUUCGUGUUUGGGGGCAAAAAUGUUUCCUGUACUAUACAAAGUUGUUACAAAUCGAAUGGUAGAGUUUUACGAAAGUUCAAACGAAACAUAUAGAAUAACAGAUGUCUGUUUAAGGAACGAUACAGAGGAAGAGCUGUCUCAUAACUGUUCCUCGUACCAGAAAGCAUCGGACUUCUUUACAAACAUUCCUGUUACUACAGACACGGGAAAUACAUACAGAAAUAUUUAUUGCUUCAUUUGCAAUAGCAACAAAAAUGACGCUAUUUUACAAUUUCAAGUGUUUUGCGAUACAUGCAUUGAAUAUGGACUUUUCACAAAUAUAAACAAUUUACUUGACAUGAUUAAAUCACAUUGUAGUAAAAUAUCAUUCGUGCCUGUCCAAGGUAAAUCGUGCCGUGAAACCUACAAUCUAACUAUUGCAGGCUACAGUGGGGGUGAAAAGUACGUACGUAAAAAAACUUCACCGUCUAAAUUCAAGCAAGUAGAACAAAAAACCAUUGAUGCUGAGGAUUUGUAUAAGCCUGUCAAAAAGGUUUAUGCUGCAUGUAACAGGACGGAUAAAUUACAUGCGUCCCAUAACUUGAUUGAACAAGUUUGCGAAAGCAACAAUGUAAAUAUUUUAGCACUUCCAGAAUACAGACUCGAGAAAAAAGUGUACAAAAACUUCGCUUGUUUUAUUUGUAAUCCAGAGACCGACGCCAUAGAAAUUGGUCAGUACAACAUGACGUCGGAAUGUUUGUUAAACAAUUCAGUAGAAUGGUACGUGUAUAACUGGAGACUAGAGAUUCUUUGCAACACUACCAAACCUAGUCCUAGAUGGUAUCCCUACAAAAAUAUGUACUGUUCGGAGUGCAAUUUGCCGCCGUGGGAAUUGGUUGAGGUACAUGUUAAUCCCAAUGAUAUAGAGGUUGAUCUACAGCCAUACAAGUAUAUUUUCUCCAUUUCACGGACUGACUUUGAAAAUCUGGAGAGAGCGUCUGAUAAAAAUAUCAUCACCGAUUGCCCCGGAGGAAUCUACGACCGCAGCCGGGUAAUAAGCAAGAUGUCAGUUAUUGUACUGCAGUGGAGGUUUUCAGCUUGUUAA